CACGAGCACCGUACACCCGUUCAAACCUUAGCCUUCAUAAUGCACCUAAAAUGUUGAAUCUUGUCAGUGCACUACUGUCGCGAAAAUCGCGCGCGUUCCAGUGACUCGAAAGGUUGUUUUAAUUAACGUGUUGAGAUAACGUGAACAUGCAUUUACAUUUUGAGAGGAACGUAAACGCUAAGUGCGAUUGCACGAUACUGUCGUUGUCGUGGAUGGGCAAGGUUCCUGAUGAGCUGCCUGAGGAGGAGGGUUGGAAGCUAAACCGUAACAACUAUUACCAAGAGGGCUGGCUCGCGACGGGCAACGUCCGCGGCGUCGUGGGCGUCACGUUCACCUCCUCCCACGCACGACGUCCUCAUGAGCUGCCACUGCGAACAAACUACAAUCUCCGGGGCCAUAGAUCUGAUGUGAUCUUAGUGAAAUGGAACGAGCCGUACCAAAAGCUGGCAUCGUGCGACAGUUCGGGGGUAAUCUUCGUGUGGAUCAAGUACGAGGGGCGAUGGAGUAUCGAGCUGAUAAACGAUCGCAGCACUCCUGUCACACAUUUCUCCUGGUCUCACGACGGACGAAUGGCCCUCAUUUGUUAUCAGGAUGGCUUCGUAUUAGUCGGCUCGGUAGCUGGUCAACGCUACUGGUCCUCUAUGUUAUCCCUGGAUGCGCGAAUUACUUGCGGCUGUUGGACCCCGGAUGACAGCCAAGUUUACCUCGGUACUGCCUCUGCUCAGCUUGUGGUUAUGGAUGUUCAUGGAGCUAUGGUGUCGCAAGUGCAGCUCGUCGCUGAAGGUGGAAUUAUUUCAAUGGCCUGGUCUUGUGAGAAGUUUAAAAUGGAAGAAGGAGAAGAAGCAACAGAGACCAAUGGAGGACACGUGCUUGCAGUUGCUCUUGGUAGCGGCGAAAUAGUGCUUAUGCGUGGACAUGAUGACGUGAGCCCCGUAAGAAUAAACACGGGCUUGAGAGGAAACACGCUGGCCAUGGAGUGGGCUAACUCAAGAGAACUCCUUGCGGUUGCUGGUACCUUGAUAGCUGAAUCAGGUGAAGCUGAAGAUUCUCCGCCAUACAAAAAUGUGGUUAAAUUCUAUUCCGACACGGGAACUCUAAUUUAUACCGUGCCUAUUCCGUACACACAGGCACGUGUAACCGCCCUGACAUGGGGCCACGCUGCCCGUCGGCUAUUCGUCAGCGUUGGAGGCGCGGUAUGCACGGCGCGAGUAUGGCGUGUAGUUGCGCCGCUACAGUUGCUCGCACGAGUUCGUGCUGCGGCUGCACUGCGACAUCCCCGAUUAGCUGCGCGCUUGCCCUUACCUCCGAGGUUGCAACCUGCACUGGCGAGCUUGUUCGCGCAUACUAUACGGUGUAACGUACCCGAGACGAAUGAGUUACGUCGUUUCGUAUCACGGCCUCCCGCAGCGGGCGGGCGUCUCCACUGCACUAUGCUUCGACAUGACGACGAAGAAGCCGGCGCGUAUACUCUGUAUCUCGAGCAUUUGGGAGGACUUGUACCUCUUCUCAAGGGGAGGCGUACGAGCAAGAUCAGGCCGGAGUUCGUUAUAUUUGACCCGCAGGCGGAAGAAGGUUCCAUCCCGCCCGUGACCCGCGAGUCGAGCAGCAGUAGCGCUGGCAGUUCCUCCAGCAGCGGUAGUUCAGGGCGGGGCAUCCCCUCGCCCCGCGCCCGCGCGCCCCCGCCCCACACCCCGCGCACCGCCCGCCGGCGGCGGGUGCAAGAGGACUCCGCUUCGUCGGAUACCGAACGGGAAGACGCAGGAUGCUCCGGCUCGCCAAGACUACAAAGGAGACGUCGCGCCCGUGAAAGACGUAAAUCCCGCAAUUCAAGUGACAAGGAUGAAACUCCUGAUGAACUAGCUUAUAUUGAUUCACUGCCAGAGGAUGUGCGCUUAGUAGAAGUUACCUCAAACAUUUGGGGCACUAAGUUCAAAAUGCAUGGUCUGGCUAAAAAUGUGCCUGCAAAUUUAGGUCAAGUGACAUACAAGACAUCUUUAUUGCAUCUUCAGCCGAGGCAGAUGACUUUAACGAUAACAGAGUUAAGAGACGAUUAUCCAGUUGGACCUGACCCCAAUUUUAAUCCGAAUAUAUUUUCUGAAGAUGAGGAAGAAGUAUUUCAAUCCAGUGGCAAUAACUCACCAACUCAUUCAAACAACAAUAUUAGGCGAAAAUUCAAUCCUUCUAUUCUCAGUGAAAGAAUAGGCAAUACGAACAGUGUUUCACAAACAGAUACUUCCAACAAUAAUAAUAACCCAAAUCCAACUAUGGCUAGAGCUGAGUCAUACGAAGAAUUCCCUUUUAUAGAUACAAGUGAUAAUAUGAACAAUUUAACAGAAAAUGUUUAUAGCACAUCCGUGAGGCAUGCGCCGCAACCAAGUGAGAGAAGGGUAAAUAGCACUGCCACGGUACCUAAUAGACAUGCGAUAUCUCCUCUUAGAUGUGAAAGUUCUGUUCCUACUUUACAAUCACCAAAGAACGCAGUUGCACCGACUGAUAUAAUAUUUGAAAGGCCGUCUCCGCAAGCGGUCACGUGUGGAGGUAGGGGAGAUUUUUAUGGUGGAAGGACUGAUUACAGCGUGAGAGGAGAUGGCGUUUCGUUAAAAGGAAAUUUACCAAAUAAUGAACAUCAAAGCUUUAAUUUAAAUCUCAGCCUAGAACCAAGCAGACAAGUAACAAUAAAGAAAUGCGAUAAUCACGUCGCAGACAAUUGCCUUUCAAAAUUACGUAAAAAUAUAUGCAGCAGAGGUGAAUCAGCAUCUUAUGAAAUGAACACUAGAAUUUUAAAAUCAUUAUGCAAUAAGAACUACGAACAUGAAGUGCAUCCAGAUGCAAUGUGCAAAAGAAAUGAGACGUUAAAGAACUUACAAAAGGGUGAAGAUCUUAAAUACAUUGACGAGGAAACACCAGUAGAUACAAAUAUAGCUAACAUAACAGAAAAGCCUAAAGAGGCAGAGCGGAGAGUCCAAAGGACUACUACGGUAGUACCCAUUAGCCCCGUAUGUGCGAACGUUCCAAUGUAUGACACAAUGACUCGCAGUUGUAGCGUAGGCUAUCUUGACUUGGUCGAUCCUCAGGUACUCCAUGCCCAAGUUAGUUUAUCAGCACUUCGAGGAGAACCACCGCGUCGCCUUAUACUUGUCAACAACAAACGGCAUAGACGUCCCAAAAAGCAUUUCAAGACUGAUUUAAAAACAUCUGAAAGCGCUAGAACGCCGCUGAAAAAGUGUGGUAAAUCUCGCAGCUUAGAUUCCAGUGAAUUAUCGAUAACAGCUGAGAAGGGAAAGAAACAGUUAAAGACUGAUUUAAACUUAAAGGGAGACGCAUCGGUAAAUUCUAGUAGCCGCAAUAGUACGGGAGAAGAUAACAGUGGAACAAGUACUGAAGAGGGUGGCAAAAGUGGGGUGACUGCAAGGAGGUCGCGUAGGGAUUAUCCUGUAUGUACAGCGUGCAGACUUGUGUCACCGUACGAUAAAAGGGACGUCGACGCAGAAACAUACGUGUGCGUGGCGUGCAGCUCUCGUCCCACUUACACGCUGCCGGCCGCACAGCCGCAACUGACGGACAGCGACUCCGACUACAGCAAGUAUUAUAGUUCACUAGAGCAGCUAGCGCUACGUUUGCUAGCGUCUCGCGGGGGGCGCGGGUCAAGCAGUACUGCUGUGCGGGAGAGCAGCUCCGCGCCCGCGUCCCCCCGCCCCGCGCGCUCCGCGUCCCCCGCGCCCGCGUCCCCCGCAUCCCCCGCGCCACGACCGCGCAGACAUAGAUAUUCAUCUGCAUCGCCUAUACGGCAAUUGUUAAACUCACCGCUACUUAACCGCAGAAGAAAUAAGAAACCUUCGGAGAGCUCUGAUGAUGAGUUCCCGAACGGAUACAGUGAAAUCAACAGCAAGAACUUUAGGGACCUAGAAAGUUUUCAGAAGGCGCAAUUGAGGAAUAAGAUAAAACGCGCGGGAAACGCAACCGCCACAGACCGCAGUACGCGGCGCCAACUCGUGAUGCACAACAAGGCGCCCAUGUGGAACGAGAACAGCCAAGUGUACCAGCUCGACUUCGGCGGCCGGGUCACACAGGAGUCCGCUAAAAACUUUCAGAUUGAGUAUCAUGGCAAACAGGUGAUGCAGUUUGGCCGCAUCGACGGCAACGCGUACACCCUGGAUUUCCAAUAUCCAUUCUCGGCUCUCCAGGCUUUCGCAGUUGCUUUAGCGAAUGUGACGCAAAGACUUAAAUGAGCACUCGCUGUAACCUACAGCAAGCGAUUGAGAUCGUAUGGUUUUUAUAACCGCUGUGGGGCUUAAACACGACAACAGAAAACAUAUAAAAUCAUUUCACCAAUCAGAAACACGGAAUUAUUUCCCUCUCGUCAAGCAGACUGUUUAUUGGUGG